AUGCAUUCUUGGAUUAAACAUAAAUUCAUCACCCUAAAGUGGAUUCCAACAAGAAUAAAGAAAGAUCUCACCAAAAGAAAAUGCCUACAAGUUAAACUCCAAGAACUACCGUUAUUCAAUCUUCAUGAGCUGGCAAGUGCAGCAAAAAACUUCCAUCAAUCAAAUAACCUUGGGCAGGGUGGAUUUGGUCCCGUACACAAGGGAAAACUGACAAAUGGACAAGAAAUUGCAGUAAAAAGACUUUCAAGAACCUCUGGACAAGGGAUAGAAGAAUUUAUGAAUGAGGUGGUGGUGAUCUCUAAACUCCAACACCGGAAUCUUGUUAGACUCCUUGGCUGCUGUGUUGAAGGAGAAGAAAAGAUAUUGGUCUAUGAAUACAUGUCAAACAAAAGUUUGGAUGCAUUUCUCUUUGUCAAACCAAAACUACUAGAUUGGAGAAGAUGCUUCAACAUUAUGGUGGGAAUCGGUCGAGGUCUGUUGUACCUUCAUAGGGAUUCCAGAUUAAUAAUUAUUCAUAGAGAUCUAAAGGCAAGUAAUAUUUUAUUGGAUGAAGAGCUAAAUUCAAAAAUAUCAGAUUUUGGUAUGGCUAGGAUUUUUGGGGGAAAUAAAGAUCAAGCCAAUACUACUAGGGUUGUUGGAACGUACGGUUAUAUGUCCCCUGAAUAUGCAAUGGAAGGACGAUUUUCAGAAAAAUCGGAUGUUUUUAGCUUCGGAGUGUUGUUACUCGAAAUGGUUAGUGGAAGAAGAAACUCUAGCUUUUAUGAUGAUGAGCAGGACAUGAGCCUUCUAGGAUUUGCAUGGAAAAUGUGGAAUGCAAACAACAUUGUGGCAUUAAAAGACCCAAUGAUACGUGAACCAUGCUUUGAAAUGGAAAUUUUGAGAUGCAUACAUGUCGGGUUGCUGUGUGUGCAAGAAUUUGCUGAAGAUAGGUCAUCUGUAUCCAUUGUUAUUUUCAUGCUUAAAAGUGAGACUCUUGAUCUACCUCAACCAAAGCAACCUGCAUUCAUCGAAAGGCGAAUUGCUCUAGAUGCUGGGUCCUCUCAACACAGCCUAAGUAAAUGCUCGGUUAACAAUGUUAUUGUUACAAUGGUUCAAGGCCGAUAG